AUGCCACCUCAGUAUAUUGAAAAUGAUAUCCCAAGAAUAGAAAUAGAAAUGGUUGUAAAGGCAAUGGAGCAAUCAUUACAUACCCUAGAAGAGACAAAUGCUCCCCCCUCAGCCCUUGGUCCCACCCACCAUGCAAGACCUCUCCCCCACCAUCACUUUGUCGCAAAAGCUACUGCACUAGACAUGAUUGGUCAUCCGGCUCAGCAUCCCAGCGCGGCCAACAGUGAACAGUUGAAUCUAGCAAUAAUCAACUAUCAUUGGGUGGCCCACCAACUUGGGCAGGUGGAACGCCCGCUAACCAGACCUGUCUGGAUGGCAGAGUUCAAGGCCGAUCUACGGGCCAUGAUUACUGAAUCCGAGGACCGCAUCUUGGCUUGCUUUGAAGCUUACUUGAAGGAUCAGCUCACUGAAUCCAAGGACCGCAUCUCGGCUUUGAAGGAUCAGCUCACCAAAACCAAGAAGCAGCUUGGGAGUGCCAUCAAGGCAGUUGACAGACCUCAAAGUGACCUAUUGUGGAAAGUCUGGUACACAAAAAUUGAUGUGCGAAGGCGAUUUCUGGCGUUGGCAGAGGAGAAACAGCCGCUAUUACAAUCGUGCCGUGCCGGAGAGCACACUACACUAGGCACCCGUGCAAACCAAAGACUGAUAAAAUCGGUCCGAGCGCGCGCCGAUCAACUACGGACCUCACUUAAUGCGUACAACACUCGAUCUUUGGCAUUCAGAACCGCUUGCCCAACACAACAUGCACCUCCAACAAUCGAGUAUGCCGAGCUUCUUUCUAGCCUCAAACGUGGAAACGAGGAAAAACGUCGGAUUGGAUGGGAGGUCCGUUGGGCCCUCCGCUGGGCAACCUUGCAGCACAUAGUUAUUUGGGACAUCUUGCGUAGCAUAUCCCGAGUAAGCGAUGAUGCGAUCGACAUCCCACAAGACCUACAGGCAUUCAUCUCACAUGAUUGUCUUGGCUCUCUCAGCAAUCUAAAUGAGAAGAUCUCUUCGGUGAUAGUCCUCAUGCAUCAAAGGUUGAUUUCAAUAGGUAGACUCCAAGUUGAUUGGGAUAGUCACAUAAUUGAGGUCUUCGAAAAUACUGCCCAACAAACUGGCGAUAAUUCUCUUCUGGAACUAUGGGAGCAGCAAAUCAAGAAGAUUGUUCUUCUGAUGAAGAAAACCCAACUCUCAGGCAUCCCUGGUUAUGUUUGGGACGAGACAGUUUUCACUGAAGGUACAGAUGAAAUUGGUGCCGAAAAUAGAGCUUCAGCUACCAGAAAUACCGGUUCAAGAGCCUCCAGCAUCAAUCAUGCUGAGGAAAGACCUCAAGCCAAUGAUCCCUCCAACUCUCUUCCACAAAAUAAUGAUUUUCAUGCUGAUGAAGAUGAUGAACUGGGAGAAGAUGAGUACAAUGAUAACAUUGAUCAUGUUGUACAAUCUAUGGAACAGUCCAUGCUUGACAAUCUUGUGGCUUGA